UUUGCGCAGGCGCAGUUAGGCCUCAUCGAAUUUCGAAUCUUGGCGCAAUUAUUUGGAGGAGAAGUCGCUGCGCUGUCUGUCCGCAAACAGGCGGGUGGCCGUCGUGGUGAGGUAGUGCAUCUGAAUAUUUGGAACCAUGGGAGUAACUAGCCUGUGGCAGAUCCUGGAACCUGUCAAGCAACAUGUCCCUCUCUGCAGUCUUAAAGGAAAAACAUUGGCUGUUGAUUUAAGUCUCUGGGUGUGUGAAGCACAGACAGUUAAAAAGAUGAUGGGAAUAGUCACAAAACCUCAUCUUAGGAAUCUUUAUUUUCGUGCCUCUUCUUUAACAUUAAUGGGGAUUCACCUGGUGUUUGUCAUGGAGGGUGAUCCCCCAAAGUUGAAAACAAGCACAGUGCGGAAGAGAACGGAAGCUCGCUUUGGGCCAUCAGAAAAGCCUGAGACUGCAAGAAUGGGGAGAUCCCGUUUCAAAUUUCUUUUGAAAGAGUGCCUUGAGCUGCUGGAGUGCUUGGGAAUCCCAUGGAUUCAAGCAGCUGGAGAAGCAGAGGCAAUGUGUGCUUACCUGAAUGCAAAUGGCUAUGUGGAUGGGUGCAUCACCAAUGAUGGAGAUAUCUUCCUUUAUGGUGCUCAGACAGUUUACCGCAAUUUUACCAUGAACUCCAAGGACCCACAUGUUGACUGCUAUUUGAUAUCUGCUAUUGAAGAGAAACUAGGCUGCAGCAGAGAAUCUCUGAUCGGAUUAGCAAUUCUUCUUGGCUGUGAUUAUCUUCCUAAGGGAGUUCCUGGAGUAGGAAAAGAACAGGCUUUAAAAUUGAUCAAAACUUUGAAAGGACAGAGUUUACUGCAAAGAUUGGAGAAUUGGAAAGACCACUUCCAGUCUGGUGAUAUCCCCGUAUCAAGAGCUAAAAAAGUGGUUCACUGUUCUGUGUGUCGCCAUCCAGGAUCUUAUAAAGACCAUGAGGACAUGGGAUGUCAUCUCUGUGGCAGUGUGGGAUAUUGUGAGCCCCAGGGUGCUGACUACUGCUGCCCCUGUGACUGGCACUCUUCUGAGUCAGAGUGGCAACAGAGCUUAGUGGAAGAAGGUAUUAAAAAAAAAGCCAAGGCAUGUGAAGGUUUUCCCUUUCCUGAGGUUGUCCAAGAAUAUCUCAUCAGCAAAGAUAAACCAGUGAAACUAAAUGGGAGCCAAAGGCCAAAUUUAUUAUCCUUUCAAAGAUUUGCUGUCAAGAAAAUGGACUGGACCGAGCAUUAUGCCUGUGAGAAAUUGUGUAGCCUUUUGACUUAUUACGACAUGAACAGAAAGAAGUCUGGCCAUACUGAUCCGAACCAGCUGCAGGCCCUGCGGAUAAUCAAGACACGGAUUAAAAAUGGAAUUCCUAGUUUUGAAAUUGUAUGGCGAAAGCCAGACCAUUACUCUGCUGCAACAGAGGAUCAACCUGCUGAUCCCUUUCUAAUAACAAUAGAAGAGUCGACAUUAUUUCAGGCUGCCUAUCCUGAAGUGGUUGCUUUGUAUCAAAUGGAGAAGUUGAAAAUUGGCAAAGAAAAAAAGGAAAGUAAGAAGAAACCUAAAGAGAAAGAAUGCUUAGCAGGGGACAGCAAAGUAGAAGAUACUUUUUCUUACCUGAACUUGCAAUCUGUGUGUGAAAACAUUCUCAGCCAAGAUUCAAAGUCUGAUUUUGAUUUGCAAAAAUUUCCAAAAAAGAGCUGUGAAUCUCUGUGUCUCUCUGAACCUGCAGAUUUUUCUACUGCAGUAGGAAAGCCCUGCAACUUCCUUAUUGCUUCACAAAAUACAGAAAAUGAAUAUAAACCUCCUAAUUCUUUAAUCUCACAAACAGAAUUAUUUGCUAAGGAGCUGAUGGCUUUUUCUGCAAGUACUGAUCUGCAGCUGAGUGACACUGACUGGGAAGGAACAUCCUUCAGCAUGUCUCCAAGGAAUGUUAAUCUUCCUUCAUAUUCAGAAUGUGAGUCUGGCCUAUGCAAUAAUUCUUUAAGGCAGUGCUCUCCACCGUACAGUAAAACAGCCAACUUCCUUGCACAGCAUUCAGAUUCUGCACAACAUGGUCCAGAUCUGGUCAGUGGUGUAGAUCACGCUAUUUCAAACACAGACUUUCCUAAAGAGCAGAAUGAUUUAUCUUUAAAAGAUCAAGCCUUUGUGGAAAGUUUAGAAGCUCUCCCCAAAGCUAAAAAUGUGCCUUUGUUAAAUGCCAUACAGUUGCAAGAACAAAUAAAGAGAACUUCUAACCCUGAAGGGGAAUUUUCAUCUCCUACUGACAGCACUCAGGAAAUUGAAAAUGUGAUGUUACUGGAAAAACACCUGCAGGGGUUAAGCUUAGAGAACUAUAGAGAACAUCUCCAAACUUCUGGGAACCCACAAUCUGCAGCCGAUAAAGUCACGGAUUCAGGAAGUUCUUUGAGGUUGUGCACUGAAAUGCUAGAACUGACUUGCUUAGAAAACAAAGAGCAAAUUUUGCCUGCUAGGUCAAAUAAAGUCCUAGAUAACUGUCAGACUGGGAAAAAGUCUGUGCCAAGAAUCAUGAAAACCUCACUUAAGAAGAGUGUGUGCCAAACUAGUUAUCAUGCUGAGGACAGUGAUAGUGAAAAUGUGAUGGGCAGGAGGAAAGGUCAUAGGAUCCCAAAACAGCAAAGAAAGAAUCAUACAGUUCAGCUGAAGGACAAGUGCAAUGGCAAAAGGGGCAACAAGGAAUUGGCAUUUGAAAUUCAGCCAGAACCAAAGGGGAAAGAUAAGGAUACUCUUAAAUUACUUAACACUAAUUUAUCAGCUGAAGACCAUCUGCUUCUACCUCUCUCCAAGUCUCCAAGUCUCUCCGAGUAUUGUGGAUUUGAUCCUUGUCUUCAGGAGACCAGAAAUGAUUUGAACAUGUGGUUUGAGAGUCCACUGCCUCUGUCUGAAAGACUGAAGCUCAAAUUGCAGAGCAGUUGAGAACUUCCUGCUCCCCUCUCCCUGAUGUCUUUAUCCAGAUAUGUCUCAAAUGUCUUGAUAUGUUUUAAAUGUCCUCUAAAUUUAGUAAGCUCCAUAACUUAAUUGUGAGUGGUGGAAAAUUGGAAGUAGGAUCAUGUCUGAAGUGAAAUGACUGUCAAAUUAAGUUCUUCGAGCAACCUUUCCGUAGUGACUUCCUCUAAUUCUGACUAAUGGACAUGCUGCGAGUUGUGCUGAAGUUUUCCUAAACAAUUUGCUUGAGUAGAAAUAUCAGUUACACCACAAUGGUAUGAACUCAAUAAUAAAUAAAUAAUAAUGUUGGGGGUUUUGCCGAGUAUUAAACAUGUAAUAGCUUGCUCAUAUAUAUCUGGAUGACAGUAGUAAAGCUGCUGAUAUUUUUACACUUACUGAUUGGGUUUAGUAUAUGUUUUUGCUAUACUAAAAAAGUAGUAUAGCAAAAACAUGUACUAAAAAAGUAUAUAUUGUGCUAUAUAUAGCUUUUCAGGUCCAAAUCAAAUAAUGCUCUAGAUCCAGCCUUAGAGUCAAUCCCUACACAUACAACAGAGUUAAGUGCUAGAAUUGUGAAGUAGUAAAAUAGCAAUUGGAGAUAGCAAUUGGGAAUUAUGCCUGUAAGAUACUUUUUGGAAAUAGAAAUCUAACUUAAUCAGAGAGGACUACUACAGCCUAGUA